CUUUCCCCCGUUUCCCAUUUCCAAUUUCCCAUUUCCCAUAUUCUAGGGUUUCUCCGUUCUUCUCACCAGACCUGUACAUUUUUUUUCGAUCAGCUCUUGUUCAUUCUAUGUUUGGUGUUGUAUUGAUCUCCUUAUCCAUCUGUAGAUUCUGCCAGUGCAGUAAUAGAAGUCACUGAUCUCGCUUCGUUCCUUUUUUUUUUUUUUUUUUUUUCUGAUAGAGCUUCUGAUCUUGAGGUUUCGUCAACAAGGAGGGAUAAUUUUCAUUAUAAUCUGGUAUUUCUCAAUUUUAUUAGAGAAAACCCAAUGAAUUCACCUGUGUGCUUAAGAUAUUGAGAUACGAGAUUUGUUUGAGGAAGAAAUGGAGAUUAAAGGGACCUUUGUCCCUCAAUUUCGAGUUCCGCUCUCUCGUGUGAACCGAGUGGUCGUCAAAAGGACCAAAAGAUAUCCUCUGAUCCGACUGGUUAAGAUUUCAACUUCCUUCGGGGAGACCUUCCCGGAGUCAUACCAUAGAUUGGAACCGAUCAAAGUUCAUUGCAACAACAACUCACGAGGUAUUCAACAGUCAUCGUUUACCAAGAAUGAGGGUGGGAAUUCACCCCAAAAAAAGAAGAGUGAGGGUGGCAAGCUGCCUGAACUCUCUUUUGUCCGCGUGCAGCCAAAUGACCAGGACAGUCGUGGACCACCGAAGCGCGCAUUUGGACAAUUUGUUGCUCGUGGAGCUGUGUUGAAUGAAGAAUACUGGACAGCAGCAUGGCUGCGGGCAGAAGCUAAUUGGGAAUCCUUAUCAUAUAUGAGGCAUGUUGAGAGUUACAAGAGGAAAUAUGCUGAACAGGAGUUCUAUGCAUUGAAACAACGGUGUGCCGGACGGGAUGGGAACUCACUGAAGUGUUUUUGCAUUGUCACAGUUAAGAAGGAAGAGAAAAAUGUAAGACGCACAGUGCUAAACAGUGUUGUUGGAACCCUGGAUAUUAGUAUCCGGCAAUUAUUGCUAGGAGAAUCAUACCCUGGGGAAUUCAAGAAAUCUUCAGCUUCUGUGGCUGGCCACGAGGUUUAUGAUGCCCAGAAAUAUGCUUAUGUUGCAAAUGUCUCUGUUUCAAAAUUUGCUCGGCGUCAGGGAAUCGCAUCUAAUAUGCUUUAUUUGGCCACUGAUAUUGCUUCCACAGCAGGUAUGAAGCAACUAUAUGUUCAUGUAAAUGCUGACAACACCCCUGCCCAGGAACUCUACAGAAAAAUUGGCUUUGAGGUGGUAAAAGCUGGAUCUAGUCCUUUGUCAAAAGAUCAAAGACUUCUAAUGUGUAUGGAAUUGCACUUUCAUUGUUUGUUUGGUGAUGAAAUUUCACCAAUUCGAUGUUUGUGAGUCCUCAUGAACCCACCAUUGUGACUCGUGGCAAAAAAUGGUAGUUUGGCUUUUACAUCUGUUCCUGUGGGGGAAAUUUUGAGGGUGGUCCUAAAGGCAGACUUGGAAAGUAUAUUCACAAAACUUAUCACUCUCACUUGGAAGUGUAUGCACUGAAAAGAAACUAAGGAUCUUUAUAUGCGUGACUAUACAUUAUUGAGGGGACGUGGGGAGCACUCCUAGUCAAUUUUCGGCUUGAUGGGAGGAACACAGAAGCAACAUCAAGGUUCUGGGUUGUGUCACGUGGCCUACAAUAAAGUGAAAUGCAAUUGUUAGUAGAAAUUUAAUUUCUGAAAAAAGUUUGGAACAAAAGGUGAUGCAGACAGCCCCAGGGUUUUUUAUUUAUUAGAUGUGUCAUGAAUUUAUUUUGGGUUUGAGUUUACUGUGGACCUGGGGCUUUGCAUGUGUCUCAUUUGAUUACAUUAGUAAAACAUUUGGGAUAAGGGGUUUUUAUUUUCAUCAGAUGAGUUUGAUGAAGAAAGAAAUAAUUUAGAAUUCAUAAAUAGGUUGUAAUUGAAUCUUUAAGAGGAAUGGAAGGUUUUGAUUCUCUGUGGCA